CGUAACGUAUCUAGACGAGUUUUGCCAUCUCUACAAAUACAACUAUUCAUAAUAAUUUCUUUAAACACGAAAACGCGAGUAAAACUAGCGGGCUUUAAUUGAUUUCAUUAAAGAAUCAAUUUGGCUUUACACCCCACUCGUGUUUUUCAACCUGACCUGGCAUUUUCGCCCAGGAAAAGCGGCCAAAAAAGCGAGUGGAAGGGUAGGGUAGAACGGUAACCUAAGCCCAAAAAAAAAAAAAAACAUGGAAGUGUGUUAACGACGUAAGUGUGCUUUAAAGGGCAAUUUUGCUCACUCUACCGAACCCCCUGGGAUCCCGCGAUCCAGUUUCUGUCCGGAAUGCCCCUGAACGAUGUGGCCUCCACCGGCGGAGUUUAUCCGGAAAAUGGAACGAAGCACAAGGCGCAGGCGAUGGCGAAGCCACCGGAGUCUUCUGUUCCGGGAUCGUCGGGACUCUCGCUCUUCGCCCUGCAGAACCAAAAGUGGCAGCAGGUCUUCGACUUGGACAAGGUCAUCAAGCAGCUGCGAACGGCCGAGAAGACCUUUCUGCGCGGCGGGAAGAACUCCUCCGCCGCCGGCGCCGCUGGCGGAGAUCAGCAGGCGAAAGUUCAAGUCCAGCGCCUCCAGUCGGCGGACAUGGCCUACUACGAUCUGGUGCCAAAGUUGGCCAGCCGAGAUAUAGUACUUUGUAGUUCCUGCUCGGGUUGCUACACGAAGGCAGGCUUCCAGCAUCACAUUGCGCUGCAGCAUCCGAGCGUCUGGGAGGCCACCUCGAGCAAGGUGACCAAUGGUUCGUCCGCAACCAGCCACGAUUCGCGUCUCACUGCCACGGAGAACAGCCAAGAGGGCGGCGUAGUGCCCAGUUCGCCCACGGACACGCUUUCGGCCUCCACGCUCUCCAGCUGCUCCAAUGGCUCGAGCAGCUCGGCCUCGCUGCAGCAUCCUGCGGGCGCGGGAUCCUCCAGCACAACCACCACCUCGUCCUCGUCCUCCUCGUCGUCGUCGCGUCACAAGAGCAGCAGCAGCAAAAGCAGCAGUUCCUCCGCAUCCAAGGGCAGCGGCAGCAGCAGCAGCACUUCCGCCGGCAGUCGUUCGCGUUCCAAGUCGUCGAAGAACCGCCACCACACCUCGCCAGCUCCGGCGCCCGCGUUGGAUUCGUCCAAUCACAAGGAAUCGAAGGGUUCCAAGAAAGGUGCGGUUAUAGCAGCACCGCAGCCUGUUGUCGUCGCUGCUGCUGUUAAAGAGGAACCUCCAGCUGCCCCGGCUGCCAUCAGCGUGUUCUCCUCCUCCAGCAACUCAUCCUGCAGUCUACCGCCCACGCCCACAUUGGGAGCAGCCUCCGGGGAGGUGGCUCUGGGGGUCAACUACUCACCUGCCCAGCUUCAGACGGAGGUGGAAAAGCUACCCGAGCUGCAGCCAAAGAAAAAGUUAAAGGGCUCAAGCGAUCAUCGAACAAAAGCUGAGAAGGAGAAGAACAAAGAGAAGCCGGCGGCGGUGAUGGUGAAUCCCUACGAGCAGCAGCAGGUGAUCAGCGAGUUGGAUCAGGCCGUGUCCUCCAUUACGGGAGCAGUUUCCUCCGAGCAGGUGGCUCCCGAAGAGGAGGAACUCCCAUUGCCCAACACCUCCGAUGAGAACUCCAUUUCGCAGACGCUAGACGAAAUGCUGGACAGCAAGUUGAUCAACGAGAUUCUCAAUAACUUUGAUGAGAGCGCCUUGGACACUUCGCAACAGCAGCAGCCGCAGCAGCAGCAGUCGCAGAAUGGAUCUCUUUCGCAUCCCGCACAGGCGACGAAAAGAUUGCGCUACGAGGAUGGAAGCAUUUCCGAGGACUACACCGUCUAUCAGCAGCAGUCGGUGCAGCAGGUUUACGGCGAGGAGGAGCACCAGCAGCAGCAGGAGCUGACCACCAUCGAUGCCAUGCAGCUGCAACAGCUGAUCUACCAGCAACAGCAGAUGCUGGAGCAGCAGCAAUUGCAGGAGCAGCAGCAGCAGCAGCAGCAACAGCAGCUGCAGGAGGAUCAGAAGCUGCAGGAUCAGCGUCAGUUUAGCGUUUACAAUGUGCCAUCGCUGACGGAUGAGACAAUGGUCAGUACCCAACAGCCACAGCAGCUGGAGGAGCACAUGAUCUUGCCCAGCAUCAUUUACGAGAUCAGCGAAUCGAAUCCCGAUUCCAUGCUGGAGCAGCAGAAGGUUCUGGCCGAAUUCCUAACCCAUGCGGGCUAUGAAAAUGUCGACGUGAAUGUCGUUCAAUCGGUGAGUUCUGCAAUGGAGACCACCACCACCAAUCACCACCACUUGGCGGACGAGCUGGGUGACUUUGAGUUCAGUAAACUGGAGACUGUUAGCGACACCGUAAAGACUGUUAAACCCACAACCAAUCCUCAGAUCACCACCCAUCAUCCAUCGCUGGCCAAUGCCAAAUACCACGAGGACAGCUACUUCAAUGUGAUGCUCUACUCGGGAUCGCCACGUCCGCUGGCCAUGAACACAUUCGGCAUGGUGAAGAUGCCCCAGGGAUUGGGUGUGACAUUUCGCAAAAAUCUGCUGACUACUCGCAAGGCGAACAAUAAUUUGUUGUCCCUGACGGGUGGUAAUCAUUUAGGCGUGGUUGGCCAGCUGGCACGCCCACCGCCGCUGCCUUCACCCGCGUUAAAUAAUGGUUUUCCGGGGAAGAAUCCCGCUUCGGGAAGGACCAUCUACGCCCAGCGAUCGAAUGUCAUAGCACAGGAUCGAUUGAGGUGCAAUAAAAGGGCGCUAAUCAGUGGGAAAACUGGAGGAACAGGAGUAAUGACGGCCAAGCGUUUGAAUGAACUGCUGAUGGGAAAGGUCAAGAAGGAGGAGAAGCCACAAGCGGAAGGAGAGGAGGAGCAGUCGCCGCUGAAAGACAAAGAACGCGAGAAGGAGGAGGAUAACAAGCUGACCUUCAGCUUCUUCGAGAAACGCCGCCGGCUGUUGGCCGGCAAGCAGGAGCAACUCCAGAACUUGGGCCGCCCCAACUUCCACCUGCCGCUCCAGAGUAACCACAAUGCCAGCCAAAGUCAAAGCCACUCGCCGCAGCAUCUCCUCAAGAAGCAACUGCUGCGUACUUUAUCCGACAGCAGCAGCAACAUCAACAUCAGCAACAUGAACAAUAUAAACAGCAGCAGCAGCAACAACACUCCCAGCGCCAAUAGCAAUCCUCCCUGGAAGGGGAACAAUUCCAAUCCGGGCGGGAACUCCACUCCAACCAGCAGCGACUUGAUGCGCGUCUUUGUCUGAUCUGUUCUGAUC